AUGUCGUCGAAAUGCCGCCCAAACCUCCUCACAGCCACGGCCGGUGAGCUACGACAGCUUCUUGACGCCGGCGACUGCACGAGCGUGGACCUCGUCAGCCUUUACUUGAAGCAGAUCGCGGCACACAACCACGAUGGCAUGAAGCUCAACGCAAUCAUCUCGACCGCGCCUCUAGACAGAGUUCUCGAUGAAGCCCGCGCAUUGGACCAGGAGCGUCGAGAGAAGGGCCCCUGGUCAAGGCUCCAUGGAAUCCCAAUCAUCCUCAAGGACCUGAUCACCACCCCUAGCUUCGGCAUGGGCACCACCUCGGGGUCAUUCGCUCUCAAGGGCCUCAAUGCCAGCAACGAUGCGCCCAUUGCAACCAUGUUGAGGAAAGCGGGGUGCAUUGUGAUCGGAAAGGCCAAUCUCUCGGAAUGGGGCAACGCAAAGGGUUUCGGCGUCACGAGCGGAUGGUCUCCGGUGGGAGGACAGACCCAGUCGCCAUACGUCAAAGGCGGUGUUGAUCCCAGUGAGAGAUGGCUAGGACACAGUACUCCUGCAGGCUCUUCCUCCGGAUGCUCCGUAGCGACCGCGGCUGGUUUUGCCCCUAUCGCAAUCGGUACUGAAGCGGAUGGCUCGAUAGUACAACCGGCAAUACGGGAGGCCCUUUACAGCAUGAAAGGCACGGUAGGUUCUAUCAACAUGGUUGGUACUCAAUCUGGGGGUGCAGCUUGGGACAGCGCAGGCCCGCUCGCAAAGUCGGUUGAAGAUUGCGCCGUUGUGAUGGAUAUUCUGCUACCAAACCGCAACUUCCACUCCUCUCUCACGGGCUCGUGGAAGGGAAUCCGAAUUGCACUUCUUAACUACGAAGAUUGGCAGUUUGGUGACGAAAUCUGCCACAAAAACCCGAUCUUUGACCAAGAACAUAAGCGGGAUAUUGGCCAUGCCAUGAAGACCAUCGAAGAUCUUGGUGGCAAGGUCGUCCAUGAUGCCCCGCUGAUGAAACUCGGGGACAUUGUCAAGACAUACAAGACAGCCGAGAUAGGCGCAAUCUCACGGCAUCAACUCGGCUUCGUGCUCGAGCGAUAUCUUGGGUUGUUUGAUGAUCCUCAAUUACGCACCUUGGAGGAUUUGGUCGCAUUCAACAAAAAGCACGCCGAAGCUGAACUUCCACCCGAUCAACCCAGCCAAGCAGUGCUCGAAAAUGGACUCAAGGACGACAUGACGAAUGAAGAGUACCACAGCUCCCUGAAGCACUUUAGACAGAGCGUGCGUGCAGCAGUGGAGAGGCUGUGGGAGGAAACCAGGACGGAUGUCAUCAUGGCUUCAGGCGAGUCGCUAGUAACGACGACAGCUGCAGCGGCCGGCUACCCCAUCGCCAGCGUUCCCCUGGGAUUUUCAACUCACAACGGGCGGCCGUAUGGAAUGGAGAUUGUGGCAAGGAACGGGGCUGAAGACAAGCUGUUCCAAGUCAUGUCCGCUUGGGAAGCAACUUUCCCACAUGGCAGACACGCUCCGCCUCUGCUGGAGAAAUUGAUGUCACAUAUGUAG